CCUCGUCUGUAUCCAACCGCCAUUCUCCUGAGACUAUCCCGGAUCUUUAGAAGGCAAGACAAGGCCACUUUCUCCGCCGAAUAUUCCCUUGGAAAAGCUUCUCUUGAGACACACGCCAAGCGACAUUGUUGAGCAACUUCAUUCGUCAUCAGCAUGGCUUCCGAGUCAUCCAAGAAUGAAAAAGCCCACGUCGCCUCGACUCCUAAACUCGACGAGGAAGCUAAAGCUACCGUGCAGCUGAAUACACCCGACUCGCAUUCCGAUUGGAACAUCGCACACGCUGGCGUCAUGCCAGACGCAGUCCAGGCUGUAGCAUCCCAGCGUCCUCAUCCUUUCUUCUUCCGUCUCGUGGGCAGUCAAGGCGCAGGGCUCGAGGCGCGCAAGGCAUUUUAUCGCUCGCCAGCGCGCUUACUCUCCCGGCAUGUAAAUGCCGAUGGUGACGAUGUUGAGGGCGAUGACGCUGAGGCCAAGACGACCGACACCGGAGAGAACUCAGAAAUCGGCGUCAAGAGCCAAGUGGGCAUGUAUGCUUCCGCAUUCAACAUGCUUUGCUACGCCAUUGCUCUGGGCAUUCUUUCCAUCCCUGCUGUUGUGGCAAACAUCGGCGUGGUACCAUUCGUCCUGCUCAACCUCCUCUUCGCCGCAUUUCACUGGUACACUGGCUUGAUGUACUGGCAGCUCAAGCUGCGCUACCCUCGGCUGCAAAACCUAUCCGAUGCCGGACACUUGCUUUACGGUGAAACAGGCGGGUUCAUCUUCGGCGCCAUUCAGCUGCUCUUCUCCAUCUUCCUCCAAGGUAACCACAGCUUGCUCGGCGCAACCGCCUUCUACACGCUCGGGUGGCGCAACACGUGUGCGAUCGUCCUCACGCUGGUCUUUUCGAUCAUCUCGUUCGUCUUCACGUUGCCGCGGAGCUACAAGCUCUUUGCGGUCCUCGCAUUCAUCUCGUUCUCCUCCAUCACCGUCGUUGUCGUCUUUGUCAUGAUAGCCGCCAACAUCUCUGGCCCGCAGAACGCGCCGCCGGGUAGCGCGCCGAUCCGCAUUGCUGCGUUCGGACCUGCAGCCGGCGGCGACACGUCCUUCCUGAGCGCCAUGAACAGCGUGACCAACCUGCUCGUCUCGUACGGUGCCUGCCCAUCGUACAUGCCUAUCAUCUCCGAGAUGCGCAAGCCAGCCGAGUUCAAGCGCUCCCUCGCCAUCCUUAUUCUUGUGGAGCUCGUCCUGUACACUAUCGUCGGCGGGGUCAUCGUCCACGCGCUCGGUCAGUACACCACGUCGCCGAGCCUGAGCAGUCUCACGCCGCUGCUCAGUAAGAUCGGCUACGGCCUCGGCUUGCCCGUCAUUCUCAUCGCCGGCUGCGCCAGCGCGCAGGUCAGUGGCAAGCAGCUGCUCGUGCUUGUCGAGCGCCGAUUCCGACGCGGCGCCAGUGCCAAAAGCCUGACGGCCCCAGAAUCAAAGGGAAGAGUCUGGAUCAUCUGGAUUGCAGUCAACAUCUUCACGUGGACUUGCGCAUUUAUUCUUGCGGAGCUGAUCCCUUUCUUCUCUUCCUUCUUAUCAGUCGAGUCAAGUGAUACCCUGCCACUUCUGGUUGCUGUCAGUCUGUUCUGGUCGGUGUUCAUCGGGAUGGCCACCCUCUUCCACCUCUUCAUAAUCCGCGAGGAUGCUAUUGAAGCACAGCAGCAACCUAGCGGAGACUCGUCACCAUCUUUAAUCGAGGAAAAGCAAGGGGCCACCUGCCGCGACAAGGAGGGGAUUUGGCGCCCUCUGUACCUGCCUUCAGCACUUGGGGGGCGAGCGUUAGCGUAUGCGGUCGCGCUUGGUAUACUCGCUGCCACAACCUUCCUCUGCGUCGCGGGUAUCGUCGCGGCUGCGUAUGGCAUCCGAGACGAAUAUGCGACAGGAAACGUCGGAAGACCUUUCACCUGCAGUGUUUGAUGGACAUUGUGAUUGUUGUACAGUAGCAGAAGAGCCAACCUCAAAAUAAAGCAACUGCUGUGUUUGUGUUAAAACAGCACGAACAAAAGCAGUA